CUUGCUAUUCCGUAGUUGAACUCAUCAUGGCUUCCGCGGAACCGCAGCCGCGUUUCGGGCAGUCUGUUAAAGGAUUGUUGUCCGAUAAAGUGAGCUGUUGUAGUGGAGAUGUGAUUGCGCUCACUCGCCAAGUGUUGAAAGGAUCACGCAGCCAAGAGCUCCUCGGGCACGCAGCUCGGAACAUGGUGAUACAGGAAGAUGCCAUACUGCAUUCAGAAGAUAGCCUCAGAAAAAUGUCAAUUAUAACCACCCACUUGCAAUACCAGCAAGAAGCCAUACAGAAGAAUGUUGAGCAUUCCAAAAACCUGCAAGACCAGCUUAAACAUGUCCUGAAGUAAAAUGACAUGAGGGGUGCCUUAAAAUGAGGAAUUAUGGGAUCCAUUCCCAGAUAUUGCACUAACACUAUUAAUAUUAGUGUAACUGUACAAUAUAUUUGUCUGCUUUUGAGAGUCAGGGUCUGUAGGGUAUUUGGCCUUGAAUUACAGGAUCAUUUGCGAGAUACGAAAUUUGUGGAUUUCUCUCUGUAAUGAUAUAAAUAUAUACUCAGACAUACUGUCCUGGAAGGCUGCACAGAAGUUAGGGUUAUACUGUAUAACAACAAUGAAAAAUGCACUCAGUAUUUUUUACUCACUUUUUACAUGAUGUUUACAACACAUUUUAGAAACUUGAGGAAUCUGUAACUUAUGACCUGCUUAACUGAUCACAGAUGUACCCACAUGAACAAGUGUUUCUUGGAGACAAAUGUGCAUUCCUAGGAUGUGUCACCAGCCAACUAUGACCCAGAGUCCAUAGCUGUGGACCUAAUGGUAUAGUUCAGUUUUAGCUGAUAUACUGUAGACUGUAAACCUAAGUAAUAAUGCACACUAACUAAUUAUGCACUGAAAUACUAGCCUUCUUUAAAAUCUGCACCAUUGUCAUUUACGCUUGUCUUGUCUGUGGCUCAUGUCAGGUUGAACCUGUUGUGGUUUUGCCUUUGUGUUUUUUUUUUUUUCUGGAUAUCAUUCAUGGCAACAUUGAAUAACAUUUUUUUUUUAAUUUGAGUUUGUUUACAAUUCCUGUGACUGCAUCUCCCUCUGAAGAUCUGUAGAGUUGUGGUGAAUGUCGAAGGGGUGCGUGGAAAGGUGCCUUUUAGGGUUAUUUCAUUUUUCUGUAAAGCUUUUGGGUGUAAGAUGCUGCCCUCUUCCCAAUAUUUCUCAUGUUACAAGUUAAUGUGAUGGGUUCCAUUCUUGCCUAGUUGGCAUGUUUUCAUUUUGCAUGUAGCGUUUUUACUGCAUAUUUCAGUGGGGAGAAAAUAAAGUUUAAAAACAAAGA